GGAGUGUAGCGGGAUUGGCCGCAGAGGUUCCUGACAGCAACGUCUAUUGGCUGAGAUGGUCCCCGUGACGCGGGGUGGCGACGGGCUCCAGUGUCUGAGGGGCUCCUGCUUGUCAGGUUCUAGCUCAGGUCCUUUGGCUAGACCUAUGGUCGUUCCUGAGACUUCACUGCACAUUUGUCAAGUGUGUUCCUCGUCCCUAAUGUGUAGAUACCUCAACAUGGACCUGCUACUUUAGCUAACACGAGCCAGCAAUGAAUAAUAGUAAGAUAUGUGCUGAUUAGAAGGCUCACUUGUGCAGUGCGGAGGAUAAACAGUGCCUUACAAAAAUGGGGUUUGGGAGUGACCUGAAGAAUUCACAUGAAGCUGUAUUAAAAUUGCAAGACUGGGAACUACGAUUACUGGAAACAGUGAAGAAAUUCAUGGCUCUGAGAAUAAAAAGUGAUAAAGAGUAUGCAUCUACUUUACAGAAUCUUUGUAAUCAAGUUGAUAAGGAAAGUACUCUCCAAAUGAAUUAUGUCAGCAAUGUAUCCAAGUCUUGGCUACUUAUGAUUCAGCAGACUGAACAACUUAGUAAGAUAAUGAAGGCACAUGCAGAGGACCUAAACUCUGGACCCUUACAUAGGCUUACCAUGAUGAUCAAGGAUAAGCAACAGGUGAAGAAGAGUUACAUAGGUAUUCAUCAGCAGAUAGAAGCAGAGAUGAUCAAGGUUACAAAAACAGAAUUGGAGAAAUUAAAAUCUAGUUAUCGACAGUUAAUCAGAGAAAUGAAUUCUGCCAAAGAGAAAUACAAAGAAGCUUUAGCUAAAGGGAAGGAAACAGAAAAGGCCAAGGAACGUUAUGACAAAGCCACAAUGAAACUUCAUGUGUUGCAUAAUCAGUAUGUGCUGGCAUUGAAAGGGACUCAGCUUCAUCAAAAUCAGUAUUAUGAUACCACGCUUCCUCUGCUUCUGGAUUCUUUACAGAAAAUGCAAGAAGAAAUGAUAAAAGCACUAACAACAGCUGCUAAAGAACAAGAAAUUGUAUUUGAUACUUCCUUAUUAGAAGAAAAUGAAAACCUUCAGGCAAAUGAGAUCAUGUGGAAUAAUUUAACAGCAGAAAGUUUACAAAUAAUGUUGAAAAAUUUAGCAGAAGAACUUAUACAGACACAGCAGAUGCUGUUAAAUAAAGAAGAGGCUGUCCUGGAGCUAGAAAAGAGAAUUGAAGAAUCUUCUAAGUCCUGUAUAAAGAAGUCUGAUAUUGUGUUACUGCUAAGCCAAAAACAGACACUUGAAGAGCUGAAACAAUCAGUUCAGCAGCUGAGAUGCACUGAGGCAAAGUUUGCAGCCCAGAAAGAAUUAUUAGAGCAAAAAGUACAAGAAAAUGAUGGAAAAGAGCCACCUCCAGUAGUAAAUUAUGAAGAGGAUGCACGAUCAGUUCCAUCCAUGGAAAAAAAAGAGAGACUAUCCAAACUUGAGUCUAUUCGUCAUUCAAUUGCUGGGACAAUUAGGUCUCCAGAAUCUGCAUCAAUCUCUGCAUCAUACUCUGAGGUGAUCGUCGUGAGUCAGAAGUCCCUGGCAGAGCAUGACUGGUACCAUGGUGCGAUUCCCAGGAUAGAAGCCCAAGAACUAUUAAAACAGCAAGGAGACUUCUUGGUGCGAGAGAGACAUGGGAAACCUGGUGAAUAUGUCCUUUCUGUAUAUUCUGAUGGACAAAGGAGACACUUUAUCAUGCAAUAUGUUGAUGCUGGCCUUGGGCUGACUUUGUGGUGCAGGCUGGUCUCAAACUUGCAAAGAUGCUCCUGCCUCAGCCUCUUGCAUUCUGGGAUUGCAAGGCCCUGGAUUUUCAAGCAUCCCUCAACUGAUAGAUCAUCACUAUACAACAAAACAAGUCAUCACUAAGAAAUCAGGUGUAGUUCUCCUGAAUCCUGUUCCUAAGAGAGCUACAAGAAAUUGAUAAAAUAAAGACAAAUAUCCAAAUAAUUGGCAAUGUACAUGCGUAGAUAGUUCAGCAAAAGAAAUACAAAUGACCUAUGAAGAUGUUGGAGAUGAUUCACCAGUCUCAAUAAAGGAAAAUUAAAACUUAACAAAAUAUUAUUUUUACAUAAAAUGUUAGCCUAAAUUCAUAAUUCAAUAACUCACUUUCUUGACAAAGAUGUAGAGAAAAAUCACUAAGAUUUGCAUUAAAACUGUAAGUUGGAAAACCUCUAAAAACUUAUAAAAUGUGUGCAGCAUUGAGCAAUAACACUUCUAUCAGUUUGGUUUGUAUAUAUAUGGAAUUGUGUCAGUCAUGGUCUCCUUAGUAAUUAUGGUCCACUAUUCGGUGGAGUAUUGUUAAUGAGGGAGGUUUUUAUAUGUCGAUUGGGGAGUUCCAAGAUCCACUGAUAGUAAAAGAAACUAAAAUAAAUUACAAAGUUUGUGCUAUGCUAUCUUUUGUGUGAAUCUGAGAGUAUAAGCUCAUUUGCCUGAAUUUGAAUUUAUAUGAUAAGGAAACUUAGAAAAUAUACACAAGGCUGAAGUGUGGCUCAAUGGGUAGUGCUUGUCUGUCUUGCAUGAGGACUUGUAGUACCAACCAACCCAAUAAAAAAACAAAGAGGACGAUAUCCGCAAGAAAUUAAUAACAGAGGUUAUAUGUUUGGGAAUGGGGUUGAAAUUGGUUGCAGAGAAAAAAGGAAAACUCAUUAUGUUUGAUAUUUUAAUAAUUAUAUUACUCAUUCAAAAAUAAAUUUAAACUACAUUGAAAAUGUGGAGCUUUCCUCAAGCAUUACAACUUUUCAAGGAGAUGCUUUAUUGGAUUGGUAAGUGACAAAAUAUUUAUAUUUCAUAUUUUUAAAGUAGAAAAGGUAAUUUAUAAAGCUGUUGCAGUACUAACUCAUUUUCAUAUGAUAAAACAUACGGUAUAUAUAUAUAUACAUACAUACAUACAUACAUACAUACUCUGGAGUACUAGUUGAAAGACUGUACUCCAGAGUACUAGUUAGGAUUAUUUUGGGUAGGAGAAAUUAUUGGGUUAUUUUUGGUAGUUUAAGUCUAGGUUUUAAUUAAUGUCUGUUGAAUGUAUUAUUUAUAUAAUGUGUAAAUUUUUCAGAAACUAUAUAAUAACGUUUAGUAGAAAACUUUAUAAAGCAGUAUUUUACAAUCAUGUUCCUCACAAUGUGUAGGAAGAAGUUGUACUUUAUAUUGAGACACAGGUCACACUAAUUUAGUAGUAUUGCUGUGUGUGUAUAGAACUGAAAUCUCACAAAAUUUUUUAUCUUUUCUUCAUGUGAUGCAUGUUACUUUUUAUGAUAUCUAUACCCAGUAAAUUGAUUUUGUGAACACUAAUUUGACAGAAGCUUUUAAAAAGUAAUAAAAGCUUAUUUUAAAAAUAAAAGUGUGUGUUGUACCAUUCAGAAGGGGAACAAAUGUUCUGCAAAUCUUUCAUAGAGAAAGAUGGAGUAGGGGACUCACUUGAUAAAGAAAACCAAAAAUGCAGGAUGUUCUGAAACCUGUUUUAAGGAAGGAAAGAUGAAUUUGACAGAAGCAUAUCAUUUAGAGGUGAAUAAUCUAAAAGUUUUAGGCAAAACAGAUUUUAGAGACCCUUGACUACCACAUUUAGGGUUUAGGGUUCAGAUGGAAAACACCAUUCUGUUGAAGGUUGGAUAGGCUAAGUGUUGCAUGUGAGCUAGCCACCUCUGCAUAUAGUGAUGGUCCCAUCGGACUCACUAAUCUGCUAGACACUGUCUGUUCUUUUAAUCACUCAAAGAAUGUAAGGCAUUUACUGGCACAUUUAAAAAGCAGAAAAAAUUUAUUUUUACUUUACCUUGUUUCAAAAUGAACUUGUAUAGAGCUAUGAUCAAAUUAUAUUACAAUAAUGUUAAAAUAAUACCAUGUUAUCAGUAUCAUAAAAAAUAAGUAAUGAUGAAAAUUUAAGAACAGGUAAUAAAAUGCAAAGUAAAAGCUCUUAAAGACCUAUGUAAAUUCUGUGUUGAGCUUCAAAUUUAUCUGUGAACUUGAAAAUUGUUAUAGAGAUCGUUAACUAAUUUUAUGAUUAGAAAGGGAGAAGAAUUUUAAUUUGUUUAAAGCAAAUUUUUAUGCCAACAAGUUCUAAAGAAAAUUUUCUCUUGGAAUUUUAAAUUAGAGUGUCCUCAACAAUGUGUCUAUAAGAGUUUAGGAAUAGUUUCACAGGUUGUGCGUUUAGUGCCCUUUAAUAAUAGAAAAGAGCAUAAUAUUAAAAUAUUAUGUAUAUUAGUAUAAAAUAUUCUGUAUCAGCAUUUUUCUCUGUGUUCAUUUUUUGUUGAACAAAAUUCAGAAUUCUAAGACUCUAUAUUUAUGCCCAAAAUAUUAAUAAGUUAGCAUUAAGUAUGUUAAAAAGAUUACACAAUUAUCAGUAUAACAAAAGAUCACAGUUGUGACAUUUACAUUAUAUCUAAACAGCUUAAUAUUUAGUAAUAUUGUUAGAAGAUCAAAUGGAGUGGGUUACUGCUAUUAUGUUUUUUUAUUCAUUCUUUGCCCUUGUGGGAAAAAUUUACACUCUUUCUGAUUAUUUUAUCUUAUAAAUGGUAAGUUCUAACUUUUUAUGGAGGGUCAGCAUCUUUUUUUUUUUUUUUCCUUAUUGGUACCAGGGAUUGAACUCAUGACCUAGCACUUGCUAGGCAGGUGCUUAUGCCACUGAGCUAAAUCCCAAGCCCAGAGGUCAGUAUCUUUGUAUGAUGUGUUAUUUUUCAAACCUUGUACUUAGCCAUUGAGAAUGUAUUUGGUAUUCUAAAAAUUCCACAGUACUAUGUAUUAAGACAGGGAGAUGUAUAAAGAAGAAAAGUAUUCGCCACAAAAAGAACAUAGGGAUUCUGAUGCAAAAUGUUCCUUUUCCAAUUAAAAAAUAUCUUUAUUAGUGUAUGUUUGUGGUACAUAUGAAUCCAUUCAUCCUGGGGUAUUAGUACAUAUACAUACUUCCCCUUCCCUCCCUCUUCUUCUCUCCAUCCCUGAAUCCCCUCCCCAUCUUCAUAAAAUCUACCUCCCUGUUUCUUCCUAUCUAUCUUUCAUUUUGCUCUUUAAUUAUUCUUUGGAUUUCUCAUAUAAGAGAAACCAUGCAAUAUUGAACCUUCUGUGUCUGAUUUAUUUAGCACUAUGGUCUUAAGAUGAAUUCAUUUUCCUACAAAUGACUCAUUUAAUUCUUCUGUAUGGCCUAAUAUUAUGGCGAAUUUAUACCUUUUUUCUUUAUCCAUUCAUCAUGUGUUGAUGGACUUAUACACCAUUUAGAAUAUUUUGCUAUUAGAAGUAAGGGUAUGUAUGUAUAUUAUUAUUGGUAUUUCUGUCCUUCAGUAAGGAGAGAAGUGGUCAGUAAAUCAAAGCACAUAGGAGACUGCAGAGAAUGCAUAGGGCCUGACAAGAGAGAAGAGGAUACCUUUCCUGCUUCUGUCAGGGACUGCUCUCUUCAGUCACGUAACUUCUUUUGCUCAGUACAUUCUCUUCCCUCUGCUCUUGCAAAGUGCAGCUAAACAAAAUCUUUGUUAUGGUUUAUGUCUGGAUAUCCCUGCAAAGCCUCAUGUGCUCAUAGGUGAGGCUGUUAGGAAUGACUGGAUCAUGGGUAUUUGAUACUGCAUCAUGGAUGUGAUCAGGAUACUUACUGGUUAGCAUAGUUCCGGAUGUGGACAGUGGAUUUACUGAAGAGAAAAGACCUAUUCUGGGGAGAAAGACCCACCAAAAAUAGAUUCACAUCCUGAGUGGAAUAAAAAGUGGAGGAAGAAGGAGGCCUUGUUCUUUCCUAUCUGCCUCGCCAUGAGUUCUUUCUCAUAGCCCUCUGCCAUGCUGCUCUACCUUGGAGCCAGGUAAUUUAUGAUCUGAAACUUCUAUAUACUAUGUAAAAUUUCUCCCUUCAACUUAUGGGAGGUGGGUAUUGCAUCUCAGUAGUGAGAAAGUGAGACAAUUUCUGAGAUGAAAAACCUCUGAUGAUGUGGUAUCCGUUUUCAUUGGAAGUCCAUUUGUUUGGUACACGAGUCAUACACCAUUCCAUAGAAAUGUUUCUCUCUCAGUUUACGUGGAGACCUAUAAUAAUUAUAGCCCUUACUUUAUUUGGUCUUGUAUUAUUGUUAUAUUUAUGUGUCUGACAUUCCUAUCAGGCAGUGAACUAUUCAAGCAACAAAGACAUUUGUAUUCAUUUGUAUCUGACAGAGUCUAACACAUACUAGUUAGUAAAUAUUUGAAAUUGUUUUUGAAAUAUGUAGACAUUUUGUGAAGUUAAAAUAUUUGAAAAAUAUAAACAAAAACAUAAACAGCCCCCCCAAAUAUAAACAAAAUGUUCGUAGAAAUUUCGUGUUCAUAGAAUAAUGUAGAAAUUUUAGCGUUUAGAGAUUCCAAAUUGGAACACUGAAGCUUUCCAAAGUCUUUUAUGAAUGAAAUCCCUUUUUGAAUAGGAUAUAUUUAGUUUAAUUCUAUUUGUAUAAUAAUGUAUUUUCUAUAAUAUUAUUGUCUUUUAUGCUUUUUACUAGAAGUUAUAUGGGACUGGGAAUGUCCUUUCAUGGUAGAGUGCUUCCCUAGCAUGUGCAUGGCUCUGAGUUUAGUCUCCAGUGCUAAAAAUAAAGUUACUUUUUCAUUGCAGUAGAGUUAGUUGCUCUUAGCAAAUUUUAUAGGUGUUUUUAAGUACAGAUAGAAAAUAUUCCUGGUAUAGUCUCUGUAUGUGUCUGUGUGCCUGUGUGCACCCAAGGAUUUUACCAACACUUGGCAUCUGCUGUACGUCUGAGGUACAUAUCUACCCUGCUAGUGCAUUCUUGCUCAAUUUAUUUGUAUUUUAGACUAAUGGAAACUCGAUUUAAUUGGUUUCAAAAUUGUGUUUGACACCUUGUUUAGAUUUUUCUCUGAUAGCAAAAUUAUGAGGUAGUCAUAUGAUAUUUAAUAUUUCUUAUUUGUGAAAAUCUUCUUGUAUGAAACUAUUUCAAAGCAAAAAUGAUAUACAAGAGCAACUGCUCUUGCUUUCACUUUUUAAAAGAACUGUUGAUCUUUUUUAUCAUAUUAACUAAAUUAGUGUUCACCUUCUGCUACUUAGUCCUUGAAAAUAGCAAUUUAAUUAUACCACAAAAGAUUUGUCCCAUAUUCUAUUACCAGAGACUGAAUUUGCAUGCUAAGAUUUUUAAUGACAUUGAAAUAAUAGGAUUUAAGUAAGAAAGACCAAGGACAUUAAAAAGAUAUCUUUAAGUGGUUUUUAAAUUGGAAAACCUCAUUCAUAUGUAUUUGUAAGUUUUAGAAAAAGCUAAACUUUAUAUUCUUCCUUCUGUCAUUUAUAUACAGGUUAUAUACAUUAAAACUUCCUCCAGAAGAAAAUUUUAACACAGAUACUAUUUUAGGCAGCUUUCUAUCACUGAUAAAAUGCCUAGGGAAAAACGCAUCAAGGAAGAAAUAUCUGAAAUGACCCACAGUGUCAGAGGUUUCACUUCAUGGUCAGUAGGAUCUAUUGCUUUUAGGCUGUGGUAUGGCAGAAACUUCAUGUUAAACGGGUAUGGUGGAAAACUGCAUACCUCAUAACAGCCAGGAGAGGAGUAGGCAAUAGGAACAAAGUAUACCCUUCCAGGACAUGCCUCCAGUUACCUGCUUCUGCUGAUAUUUCCACCACUUACCAGUAAGUGCCAUCAAUAGCUUCAUCAAGGUUAAGAUAUGAUGUCAAGGUUAGAGCUCCCACAAUCCAGGUGCUUCCUGAGAGUCUUCUUUCUGAAUAUUAUUUCUUUGAGGGCAAAUUGGGCAUUCGAGAUCCAAACAUAGAAAAUAUACACAGAGGGAAAUUACAAUCUUCUGUAUCUCAUCCAUUCUUCAUUGAUGGCUAACGGAAAAUAAAAUUAGAAUCAGCCAGUGUCAGGGUUUUUUUUUUUUUCCUAGUGUAUCUCUCCCAUCCAAGCACUAAUGAGGCCUGACCCUGCUUAGCUUCCAUGAUCAGAGGAGUUUGAAUGUAUUUGGUGUAGUAUCAUCAUAGACUGUAGCAUAACUCUUGGUAAUAAAACUAUGUCAUAUUCAAACCAUAGGACUCAUUGUUUUAUGGUUUUACCAUUAGGAAUGUUUCUUAAUGAUGUGUUUAAGAGGUAUGAUUUCCCCAAUACUUUCUAGUAAUGCUUCAUCAUCUUUUAAAUAAUAAACUUCUGUUCUCUUUUUAAACCCUAUAGUCACUUCAGUUGGUGGUCAUAGAAUCAUUUUUAAAAUACCCGCAAUAUUGGGCCAUGAGGUAUUCAAUAUUUUCUGAAUCUCUCAAAAUAACUUUCAAAAGACUCCUCAAGUUCUAUUUAAACCUUAAGUGUAGAUGUCUGGAGUGUCAUCAAUGUUCCUAUGAAAUAAAAAGGUGAAAAUUUUGUAAAAAUCCAGGGGGUGUUUAGCAUGUCUGUAUCUCUUUAGUUAGCAUCCAAAAAAUACAUAAUUAUGUCUCUUGUAUAAAAGAAAGUAUAUGAGUUAUUUGAGAUAUAUUGGUGACUGUGACAGACCAUGGCCCAAAGGAGAUUAGAGUCCGGUUUGGAAGACACAUAGGUAAAUAAGAAUUAUGGUUGAGGUGACAAGCUUCAUUCUAGAGGAUUAUAUGGUAGUUUAGAGAAUAUGAGAAUUGUAUAUUACUUUGACAGUUUAAGGAUGGCUUCCAAGAGGAGAUGUUAGUGGGUUAAAUUGUACACAUAGACGAGGUGUGUCACUACUGAACAGCUGGACAGAACAUACUGUUUUAGGCAGAGAAGCUACAUUUGAUCCUGGGAUGAAAAAUUCCUUUUCACAUUUGAACAGCUAUCAGGAUUCCAGGUUUAUGUACCAGGAUGCAGACAUACACUGGUAAUGAGGAGGAGAUGGAAGAGAGGUGUGGUUGGCAUAGUAGUACCCCCAAUAAAUCUACACCCUAAUUCCCAAAACUUGUGAAUAUGUUUUAUUACAUAGUAGAAGGAACUUGGCAGAUGUAAUUAUGUAGAUGGGGAGAUUAACCUGGGUUACGUAAAGUGGACCCAUCAUCAUAUCUUUAUGUGGGAAAGAAAGAAAACGGAGAGUGAGAUUCACACAAGAAGAAACUACAGAAGUAGGAGUAGAAGCUAUGUGACCAAGAAGAUUCAAGAAAUGAAGGCAGCCUCUAGAAGCUGGGAAAGGAAAGGAAUAGACUCUUCCCCUAGGACCUCCAAAAGGAACAGAGCUGUGGUGACUCCUUAAUUUUAGAUCCAGGAGACUUAUUUUGAUUCUCUGAUCUCCAGUAUUGUAAGACAAUAAAUAUGUGCUGCUUUCAGCCACUGCAUUUAUGAUAAUUUGUUAUAGCAGCAGUAGAAAUCUGAUGCAGGAAGUAAAAUUGGAAAUAUUAAAAGGUGCUGUUAUUUAAUUCUAACAGAUUUGAUCCUCGUCUUCGAGCACUAAGGAUCUUCAGAUUUGGGGCAUGUCUAGUUUGGAUGUAUGAAACACUUUUCAGUAGAUGUGUUCUGUAAGCAGAUGUGCUCUGGACACUUACCUGGAAUGUAGGAGCAAUUUCAGGGUCCGAGUUACAGACCUGAGCCAACCAUACAUGGAAGCCAUGACUGAGAGCUUGGAGUUGAUAGGAAACAUGUAUCACAGAAGAGUGCCUUAGCCUGAGGAUGGAGGGGUAGGUCCCAGUGAUCUGUCCCCUAGUUCUUUUUCCCCACUCAGGUCAGUUUGUUCAUUUGAGAUCUUACCACUUUACACUUGUCUUCCUGGCAACUCAUUUGCCUUUUUUUUUUAGGGUUUUAGAUUAAACCUUCUGCAUUUUAUCAUGUUAGGUUACUGUUUAAUGAACUUGUGAUAAUUCCUUUGCUUUUUGAAUCACUGCAAGUUUCUUCAUCUAUUCAGGAUUUCCAUGAUUUAAUAUUUGCUACUUUACCCAACUUGGUUCCUCCUUUCUUGCCUCUUUUUUUUCUUUUUCCUGCUAACUGUCUUGUAUGAAUUCAUGUUUAAGAAUAUAGAACCUAUAAUUCAACAUGUCCGAUUGUGAGCUUAUUGUGUUGAAGCAGUCCUCUAUUUUCCCCAUGACUCUGUUUCUCCAUUUUGGUCUUUAUUCACACCAUCCAUUUCACCAGCUAUAAAAUAUAUUUGGAACAUUCAUGUAUUUCUUAUUUUCCUUUAACUUUCUCACUGAAUGAGUCCUGAAUUCCUGCAACUUGUACCUCAUAUAUUACUUUCAAGGCUAUUCCUUUAUAUCCUUUCUGCUGCUACCUUAGCAGAGAUCUUCAUUGAUAUGUAAAGAAUCACCUGUUUUUGUAAGCUGUCCAGUCUUUGCCCCCUGCCAGAUUUAGAUGUUUGAAACAUCUAAAGUGAUAGCUGAUUGUAUUUAAAUGCUGAAAAUACUGUAAUGAAUCUAUAUUUCCAACUGUUUAGAUUGAAACAUUCUAACUUACAAGGGCCUUUUGUGAUGCAGCUCCUUUUAGCUUUUCCGGUUGACUCACUUCUUAAUCCUUUACCUGUCUGAAGUUUGCAAUUUACCAAAGUCCCUUUUACUUCUCAGGAUGUGGCUAUUUUGUACUUUUCUGUCUUUAUAAUGUUGGUCUGUUUUCCUGAAGUAUAUUUUGAGCGUCGGUGCUUGUUUAAAUUCUCUUUCUCUCUUAACUCUACCUUUCAAAUUAGGUUGUCUUUUCGUAGAACUCUGCACAAGCAUGAUUCUAUCACCUAUUGUGUAACUUUGAAAUUAUAUUAUAUUUUAUAUACUUCUAGUUGCAGAUCUGAAGUCAGGGACAAAGCACAUCUUUGUCUUUCUUGAGCUUGGCUUAAUGAUAGUACACAAAAGAUAAUAAAUGUAAUUUGAAAAAUAGUUUAAAAAACAUUAAGUACUAUUAGUAUUCACAUAUGCUAUUGUGUAUAAGAAGUAAAAAUAUCAAAUCAUGAAUAGGAAUGUAUAAUUAAUAAGACAGAUAUGAUAGCCUGGUACUUACUCAGUGGAACGAGUAGUACCUACAUUGUAGUAGCCAUCAAGAAAGAGCCAGUAAAACUAGAAAAGAUCCAGAUGGGGAAGUUAUUGAGAUCACUAGUUCUGAAGUAUUAUGCAACUACCAGUAGCUAGGGAGACAAUUACUUAUCUGUAAUUCACUGAUUUCUGGUAUGUCAUCCCUUCAGGGCUUCUUCAUAUUAUUUCCAAUUAACAUAGUAGAUCUUGCAAAUCAAAUAAUUUUUCUAGGUAUUUGGAUUAUCGUAAGUCAAGUCCAAAUUGAUUAAUGGCAAGUGACAUUUUUUUUUUAACCCUUGGAAAUCUUAGCUUGAGGUUGUAGACAAUUAAAGCAAUUUUCUUCCCUGUAAGCUUGAUGUAAGUACAUGGACUAACAUAUAAUUCAUCAUUUUGUCAAUGGUAAUAAAAAUACUAAAAGUCAUUUUUAGUUCAUAAUUGAAUAUUAGUAAAGUGUUUUAGUUUAUUUUCAUUACAUAAUAAUUAUAGAAUUUAAACAUAGAAAAAAUUAGUAAUAUGAAUUUACUGGAUAAUUGAUUUGUACAUACUUUGCUUCAUUGCAACAAAGAAUUUGGAGAAGCUUCAAAGAUAUGUUUAAUAAAAUAGGCUAAAAAUGAGAGGAUGAUGAAAUAGUAGUGAAGAAUAAAAAGCAUAAUUACAACUUUAAUGAGGAUUUAAGCAUUUAUUAUUGAGAAAUGUUUGUCAGAGGUUUCUCUACAGUGGAUGGAGGCCAGAAGUUAAGUUCUGAGUAGAUAAAAGCCACAAAAAAUGGAGCACAGUGGUGGGGAGAAGAGUGUCUCAGAACAGCUGUGCAUAGGUUGAGAUCUAAGAAAAAGGUUAUAUGGGUUUUUAUUCAGGAGCCCAGCCUUUAUUUGUAAAUAUUUGUAUAAAAUACAGGUCACACAUUAUUCUAAAUACUUCAUUAGUUAAUUCUUAUAAAAACCCCAUGAAGUAGAUAUUAUUAUAUUCCCAGUUUUAUAAAUAAGGAAACUGAAACACAGAGAAGUUCAGUGUUUUGCUCAUGACUGCAAAGGUAUUAGAUGGCAGAGCUUGUAUUCUAACCAGAGAAAUUUGCAUCUUUGGUUUUAAACACUAUUUGAUGUGGCAUCUCCAAGUGACAUGGUGCUUGCAGUUCAUCCUAUCGCCCUUUUCUUUGUGUAGGUAUCAAUGAUGCUAGCCUAUUAAAUUGUAUUAAUUUAGGAAAUAUUAAGUACUUUUUCACUUUGUUUAAUAGUGCAUCUCAGUAUGAUGUACCUUCUGGAGUAGUGAUUUUGAAAUUUUAAGUUCUGAGGAGUAAGGUCCACAUCAUGUAGGGGCAUUGUAAGAAAUGCAUGUUUGGGGGGGCCAAGGAUUUAGCUCAGUGGCACAAGUGCCUACCUGGCAAUUGUAAGGUCAUGAGUUUGAUCCCUGGUUUAAAAAAAAGGCACGAUUUCUGGCUCCACUCCUGACAUAAAGAAUCAGAAACUGUGGGAAUGGAGCUUAGCUCUCUGUGUUUUAACAAGUCCAUUUCCCCUGAGUGAUUCUGAUGCUUCCUAAAGUUUGAGAAACAAUAAUGUAGACUAAUAUAGGUAGAGAGGAAAAAGCUAACCUGAACUUGUUUUCGUUACCUUAUCUCUGUAAUUUGAGCUGAGAUAGUUUAGUAGGAAUUUGAUUAAAAAUACAUACAUCUGUUAGGUAAACAGUGACAUCCCAGGAUAAAAGAACACAGUAUCAAUCCGAACAUAGGGUUCUAGGCCAGACCUCCUGGAGCAAACAACUCUGAAAGAGAGUUCCAGUCAAGUUUAUUGAGUUGGGUUUUUUUAUGGAUCAAGAUAGCAGGUUAGUGGGAUGGGCUUAGGUAGCAUGAGGUAAAGGGAUAUAUGAGAUUAGGGGAUCCAGAAUGGCUGAAUACUGCCCAUAGCAAGGCACAUGUUCUAUGUGGGCAUUGAGAGCUAGCAGUUGGGGAAGGUGUGCAAUGUCCUAGCAGAGCAGGUAUUGUUCCCCCAGGCUCCGGUGGCUAGAAAAAGGAACUCAUGCAGCUGGGGGUGGGGAGCAGAUGAGGGUCAGAGCUAUCAUGCUCUGCUCAGAAAAAAGAGAAAGAAAAUCACAUCAUCAGGGAAUACACUAGUAAUGAUUUGAGGUAUAAACAAUGGCCUUUUAAAACUUGAAUCAUCUCAAAAUCUUCUAGUAAUCAAGAAUCAGUGAAGCAGAGAUAACCUAUUUUAUGACUUUUUAGAGAAAGUGAUGUUCCAAAUUGAUUUUCACCAUCUCAUCAGAAUUUGAAGGAUUCUAUCUAAAGUAGUAUUCUGCAUGAACUUUUUUGUAUUGCCUUUAUGAGCUGUAUAUUUGCUGUAAUCAUUCUGAGGUGAUUAUGAGAUAGGAAAUGGUGAAGUUUAUAUAACUAAAAUUUUAAAAACUUAGCCAAUGUUUGGUGUGUCAUUAGAUUGAUGCAAAAGUUGAACUGUAAAUAUUAUAUCUUCAGAAACAUGUCCUUGACUCCUGAGCAAUAUCAGAUAUCCCAUCACAUGUUAACUUUCUUUUUCAAAAUUUCAGUUUCUAUAAUUACACAUUUACUGAUACAAGCCUCUUUAAGCCUCAUCUCCUCAUUCAUAAAAUGGUGAUAACCUUAACCUCAUUAGUCCUGUUGUCUUAAAUGAAGUAACACUUGCAUAGCAUAGAUGUUUGUUGUUUCUGUGGUUAUUUAAAACUUCUACUAAUAUAUCAGUACACUAAUACUACUAUAGAGUACACCUCAUAAUGGCAAGGAGGUGCAGAUUUGGUGUCAGUAUGUUCCUUAGCACUUAGUAAGUGUCCAGUAAAUAUUUCUUGAAUGAGUGAAUUAAUGAGCUUAAUGAUUCGUAUCUUCCUCAGUUACUGUGAUGAUGUGGAAAUGUGUAUGAGGCCAAGAAUAAUUUUAGGGAUAAUCGAACAUUACAAGUAGCAUUUCUGAGGAAGAACUUACUAGCACAGAUUUGCAAAACUGAUAGCAUCUCUGGCCAAGAUUUUUACUUAGAUCAUAACAAAUUACUUAUCCUUUACUUGCUUCCUUAAAACCCCUCCCCUUUUCUCUUACUUUACUGUUUAACACCUAAAAAUGGUGCUUUGGUUUAAACUAAAUUGAAAUUAUGUUUCAAAAUUGGAUUGAUUUUUGCAAAAACCUAGAUAGGUGAUUUAUACUGGUCCUCUAGGUCUAUACAUUAGUGCUUAACUAUUAUCAUCUUAUGACAGUGACAUUUUUACAUGGCAGUCAUUCUCAGCAGUUUCAUCAACAUAUCAAGCAGAUGAGUGGUGUUUCUUAGCCAUAUGGAGCUCCUAAAUUGAGAGCAAAGGGAAUACUGGAAUUACUCAUCUGAAAUGUGUCACUAAAAUUUGCCUUUAGGCACUUUAGAAUUUUAAUAGAAGAGUCAAGUUUACAAGAGCAGGAGACAAAUGGUGAUUUAAAAGGCUCCUGUUUUCAAGUGCUUCUAAGUCAGCUAAAACGGGCUAUUUCUUUCUUUGAAAAGAGGGUUGAACUGUGAGAGAACUUUAAAAAUCUGCUUACAAUAAAUUAAAUUACAUACAUAUAUUCCUGUACUCACUUGUUGAUUUCUCCUUUGCUCUAACACCUCUUGCCAGGCCUUUCCCUGUUUUUCCCUCCCCUCUUUUGCUCCUUUCCUCCCUCCUUCCCUCCCUCCCUCCUUCCCUCCUUCCCUCCUUCCCUCCUUCCCUCCUUCCCUCCUUCCCUCCUUCCCUCCUUCCUUCCUUCCUUCCUUCCUUCCUUCCUUCCUUCCUUCCUUCCUUCCUUCCUUCUUUCCUUCCUUCCUUCCUCUUUCUCUUUCUCUCUCUCUGUCUCUUUUAUGCAAGCAACAAGUAUUUGUUGAAAAGCUACAGUACCACGCAGUGUGGCAAUGCAUUGAAAGACAAAACAGACAUGGUGUCUGUUGUCGAACUGUGUAUAAGGGACACAACUUUUCAGAUUCUGCUGGGCCAAAGACACAUACCAGUACUUUUCUGUCCUCUUGUUUCUUGCAUUACUUUCUAAAUGCUUUUCCAUGUGUAAGAUCUCCAGAAGGCUUUUUAGAACCACGUAUCAUAUACUUUUCUUUGUUACUAGUUAAAAUUGUAAAGGCAAAAAGAAAUAUAGAAAAUAGAAUUGAGAAUAUACUGACCAAAUUUAUAUAAACUGCUCAAUCAAAUUAGUAAUUUAGAAGAUAGAAGUAUAAAAGUUGGAUAUGAUGUUCCACUAAAACAAGAUCAUUACAUAUACAAUUGUGUAUAUUCUUACAGACUGAAUCUAAAAAAUGAAAACUCUGAAUUACUUGAUAAUAUAGAAGAAAAUUACCUAGAGGCUGAAAUCAUUCUUAUCCUCAGACAUGAAUAAAUGCCAUAUGGUAGUUAUUUCUGUAAACUCUACAUAGUUGGAUUUCAUUAUUAUUCUCAUAUCUUUUUAUUAUGCUUAUAAAAAGCAAACAUGACAAAUUAUUAUUAUUCUGCUCUAUCAGUGGUAUAAAGCAACAAUUUAGUCUCCCUCUUUCCUUUCCCCUCUCCUUCUGAAGCCUCUGCAGCCUCUGCAGAUAUUUCUAAAAUUUUGUUAGCAAAAUAUGUUUUGAAAAGUUCUGGCCAAGGUGUGAGCAGAACUGGUCAUCACUGAAUAAGGUACAGUUUCUUUCAGCUGGGCUGAGGGUGUAGUUUGAUAGAAAAGGACUCAGUGUGCUUAUGGUGUUGGACUGGAUCUUCAACACUGAUCAGAAGAAAAAUAAACAACCAUUAAUCACCCCUACAAUAAAAGCAAACCAGAUCUAGCAAUACAGCAAAAAUUAAAUCAAAAAACCAUAAGCAGAACACGACUAAUAAUGCAAAAAAGAGACAAAGAUACUGUGUAAUACAGUAAGAAGUUAAAAAUUAAUAAAACAAAACAAAAGAUAGCAGAAAUAAAGUGAAGGGAAAAAGAAGAAAGAUUUUAUAGAAAAUUGGGAAAGAACAGAAAGGAAAGUACUCCGUGCUGCGCAGACCACUCAGGAUGCCCUUGUCUCACAGUCCCCUCAGCCUGUCUCAGAUGCCCUUCUCCUAUCACUCAGCCCAGCAUUCCCAGGGCCCCUAACUGGGAGCACUCUAAAACUUCUCAAGGAGCUCAAUUUCUAAUAAUAGGCCUCAUAUCAAGGUGGUAUCUGAUUAUAGCCCUCUGAGAGUUUACUGAAUGAUAGAAUGCAUUUUUUCUCCAGUAUCAGAUGGAGUCAUUCUCAGACAAAGUUUGUUUGGACUAUGGAUUUCCUCCCUUUCUCUGACUAGGAUAUAUUUUCACCUUCGUUGGGCUGACUUCUCAUUCUCAAAGUUGUAUGAAGGAUAUUUCUAUUCUUCCAUCUUAUCACACCUCUAUUCAAGGAAAUGUUGGCAUCUGUGAACUUACAGAACACACAGAAUUCUAAAUCACUUAGCAUAUUCUUUUCUCUCUGGCAUUUUUUCCAUUUGAUUUUUAAAGAUGAGCUAACUUAUGGGGCUGGGAAUUUAGCUCAGCGGCAUAAGCGCCUGCCUCGCAAUCAGGCAGUUAUGAGUUCGAUCCCUGGUACCAAUAAAAAAGAAAAAGAAAAAAAAAAAAAAAAGAUGAGCUAACUUACUACAUAUAUUUUUCUUUAUUUGAUCACAUUAAAUUUUUUUCUUUUUUAUAUCAUAUAUUUGACUAUUUCUCUCACAUUGCACUUAAAUAGUUAAGAUAAACCUUUGAAAUAUGUCCAAGAAAGCAAUUAUGUAAAUAUAGAUAUUUAGUUGUAUUUCUAUUGUGAAAAUUGCAUGUGGAGUGAGCAUGAGAAUACAUAACUGUUUAAUAUGAAGGAGAUUAAAAUCAUAUAGCUAGGCAUGUAAUACAUUUCUGUUGAUUUGAAGAUCAUUUGUACUUCAUUCACCAUGAUGUUAGUUAUUUGUAAGCAUUCAUAUUGCCCCUGUAAUUAGUGUAAGGUGAAAGAAUGCAUCAUAAUUUUUGUGUUCCUAAUGAGCCUUAUGCUUCUUGUAUAUGCAAUAAAUUUUUAAAGACUCGAUUAUGUGAUUUGAACCAUACUCCAGAUACAGAGUAUUAAAUCUUUUUUUGAUGAAAGAGAAUUCAGAAUUUCAAUGAUAAAUUGUGCCACUAGAAGCUUUUCAGAGGCAAUAAUAUAUCAAUAAAUAAUUGAGUUCCUAAGAACCUGCCACAUGAAAGUAUGUCAGACUGCUGUAAAUAAUGUGGCAUUACUAUUCUAUAAAAUAGUAAAAAUAGUGUGAGUCAGGAUACCAUAGUAGAGCAGACUUUAGAAUAUGCCAUUCCUACAAGUGUAGAUCAGCACACGUAUUUUUAGACAUUGAUAAACUUGUGUUGUUGUCUAGAUAUAAAUAUGCUAAAAUGUACAGAAAAAUAGUGAAAGCAGAAUGCAUCAGAUCUUUUAAAAAGCAUAAAAGAAUUUUUUACUGAAUAUGUAAUAUAUAAUGUUAAUAUGUAUUGCUUAUUUUUAUUCCAAUGUCAUUCUGAAAAAUCUUUUUUAGAAAAAUUAUUGCUUAAACCGUUAAGAUUUGAUACUUCAAAGCACACUAAAGACAAUAUCAAAGAACCAUAGUUUAUUUAAGUCAGCAUGCCAACAUCUCAGCUAAGGAAAUAGGAGGAAUGAUGUCCAAUAAAGUUUUCAGUGUGGGUGGUCUUUCAGUAAAAGCUCUAAGUUGUGGGGUAUUAGCUAUUGAAUUCCUCAUACCAGCUACAUCAUGAGUUAGAGAGUAGACUGAUUAGAAACACAGACAUAGAUCUACAGUUAACUUAAAUAUCUUGGCAUAGCCAAAUUAAUUCUUUUUGGUAUGAAGUAUAUUGUAUGAAAAAUGUUUAUAUUUAUCCCCAAAUAAAUCCAGUCCCAAGACACACACACACACACACACACACACACACACACACACGCACGCACACACGCACACACGCACACACACACAUGCACACACACGUACCCACCCAUUUCUCAAUUACACAUCUGUAUGUCUUCAACAAAAUAAUAAGGGAUACAAUCAUAGUGAAGAUCAUCACCCACAUGAUAUGUUAUCAACGCACUGUCUAGAAUCCCUUAUUUAAAAAUGGUAGGUAAGAACAUUCACAGAACCUGCUAUGAACAGCAGUAAUGAUUUUAUAACAGAAAAACCAUUUUCAUGUAGUACUUUCUAUACAUCAGACAUCUGAAAUCACACCCAUACCAAUACUUUGCUCACACUAUUAUAUUAUUUUAUGCAACAAGCAAAAAAAAAGCAGCUUUGAACAUACUAUAAUUGUGAAAUGCAGGGAAAAAUGCAAAAUCAAAAACCAUUGUGUGGAUAAAAUAGUCUAUGACAUCUUAGUAAAACAUUACCUUUUUAAAAAUAUUGUAGAGAUUUUCUAUUACAAGUUCUUCAAUUUUUAAGUCUUUUCCUAAACGUGAGUGCUAUGGAUAAAACACAAAUGUAGAAAAUAACAGCAGCAUGAUUUGUCAGAGUUAAUCCCUAUAGUUUAGUAAGAAAAUAUAUAUUAAUGGAAUAAAUGCCUUCUAAACUGUACUAAAAUUUUAAAAAUACUGUUUUAAUGCAUAAAGGUGCCUAAAUGUCAAUUCAAACUCAUAUCCCCAUCCCCACAUCCUUGCUACCCUUCAGCAGAAUGUAGAAAUGAUCAUCUACCAGACUUGAGACCUUUUAAAAAGAAGUUUCUUUUUGUUUUUGAGUUUUCUUGGUAAAGAGCAGAAUUUCAAGUGAUGUAGUCAACCCACUAAUUGAAAAUAAGGCCCCUGGGCUUCCCUGUCAGAUGGUUUAAGAACAGCUGCAGCCCCUACCCUCUGAAAAUGCAGUUGCAGGGCCCAUGGCCAUCACUUCUGUGUAUACCAGCUGGUAGCCUUCAGUCUCUUCCACUAGAUCAGAACUUCUAGAUCCGAGUUCUCAAAUUGUGAAGCUUCUGUUCUCGAAGACCUUGGGCACCUUAAAGGUCAUCACAGAAACUCUGGAAAGUGAACUCCUAAAAUAAAUGUUCAGGGGUACUGGGCUUGUCCCAGGUUUUGGUGCAGUUUUCACUGGCCUUAUUUUUGAAGCUCUUUUCAUCCACAGCAUCAAAAUCUGAAGUGUGGGGGUGGGUGGCUGAUGAUGGGAAUGCAGGGGCUUGCUGCUUGUGGAUGUCACUGCAGAAAUUGAUGGCACUGAAGAACUGGUAGACUUUCAGGUUGUGUGCCCCAUCCCUUACUAAGUAACAGUAGGCAGAGCAACACAUUUUGGUGGUGAGGCCCUGAUCUCAGUGCUCACCUUUACCUAGUGUUGGCCCACUUGGGAGGCUCAAGAGAGAUUUUUUGCAGAUGAGGUCCCUAGAUUAAAGAAUGUGUGUGUGCAUGACAUCAAUAACAACAGUAGCACAGAGCAGAGCACAGUGCAAGAGCCACCUGUGUCUUUUUUCUAUAACUUUUAUGCAGGUUGUUAUCACCUGUUUACAUUCUUACAUGCUGGAUUCAUGGUGCAUGUGUAGUUGUCCACUGUUAAGUCAUGGUUAUGUAGUUAGGUCCCACUGUGCACCUGUGCUGACAACAGGGCCGUAUCCUCAGGGAUGUUUGGAAAUGUCCUUACGCGCUCUGAACUUUGACUCAGUCUGAGUGGUUCCCUAUGCCUGGGCCACAAUGUGGAGUGUGUGUUCCUAGUUUCCUACUUUCAGUUGGGUUUCUGUGGGGGUAGGGGCCUAAAAGGGUAGCUGCCCCACUUGUAUCUGAAAGAGAAUCAUGUGAAAGAUACACCAGUCAAGAACUGGGCAUACUCUUCCUGCAGGAGCACCUCCAGCAUGAUACAAUUUGGAGUUCCAGCCACAAAAUUCCAGGCACCUCUGGUCCUUUCUGUGCUCUCUUCUCCAAGGUUUUUUCCCUGCUCCCACACCUAUGGUUAGACAGAUCAUCCCAGGUAUCAUCAGACUCCAUACUGUCUUCAUUGAUGUGGUUCCCAACACCUUCCUGAAGGAUUUAGAAUUGUGAGUCACAGGGCAUGGUAGUGUAUGCCUGUAAUCCCAGCACUCCAGAGGCCGAGGCGGGAGGAUUGUUGUGAGUUUAAGACCACACUGAGCUGCAAAGUGACCUCAAGGCCAGCCUAAACUACAUAGCAAUACCCUGUCUCAAAAAGACAAACUCAGGGGCCAGGAAGCCGGGAAUUUAGCUCAGUGGCCUAAACACUUGCCUGGCAAGCACAAGGUUGUGAGUUUGAUCCCCCUUAUCAAAAAAAAAAAAAAAAAAAAAAAAAAAAAAAAAAAGAGAGAGAGAGAGAGA